AUGCCGUCCAUUUCAUCUCUUGUCGUUCGAACAAUUCAGGUUGCCAUCUUCGUAAUCUCCGUCUGUUCUCACGAUGUUGUUUAUGGUUUUUCUGCACACAAGGUCAUUGAUUCUCCUCUCUUAACGGAGAAGAUCGGCACCAAUCGAACGAUAAAGGUUGAUAUUAACGGCAACGGCGAUUUUCAGUCCGUGCAAGCUGCUAUCGAUUCUGUUCCAGAAGGAAACUCCCAGUGGAUCAUCGUUCAUGUUCGGAAAGGAGAGUACAGAGAAAAGAUUUUCAUACCCGAGAACAAGCCCUAUAUAUUCUUGAGAGGAAAUGGAAAGGGAAGGACGUCCAUCGUUUGGUCUCAAACCUCCACCGACAACAUCGAGUCCGCCACUCUCAGGGUGGAGGCCCCCCACUUCAUUGCCUUCGGCAUCAGCUUCAAGAACGAUGCACCGGUGGGAAUGGCCUUCACUUCACAGAAUCAGUCGGUAGCAGCGUUUGUGGGUGCCGACAAGGCUGCCUUCUACCACUGUGGGUUCUACAGCGCGCACAACACCCUCUUCGAUUACAAAGGCAGACACUACUACCACAACUGCUACAUCCAGGGUUCCAUAGAUUUCAUCUUUGGCCGUGGCCAAUCCAUUUUCUAUAGCUGUGAAAUCUUUGUGAAUUCCGAUUCACGAGUAAAGAUAAGCGGGUCCAUCACCGCACAGAACAGGCGACGUGCGGAAGAAGACAGUGGGUUUGUGUUCAUUAAAGGGAAGGUCUAUGGAAUUGGUGAGGUGUACUUGGGGAGAGCAAAGGGGGCCUACUCGAGGGUGAUCUUCGCCAAGACUUACCUCUCCAGGACGAUCGUUCCACAGGGCUGGACCAACUGGAGCUACGAUGGCAGCACAGAAAAUCUGUUCCAAGCGGAGUACCAUUGCCAUGGACCAGGGUCUCAAACAGAAGAACGUGCUCCGUGGUCGCGACAACUCACCGACGACGAGGUUGCUCCGUUCAUGUCUAUAGAUUUCAUCAACGGCGACGAAUGGUUGCCUGUUCAUAACUUGUAACAGAAAAAUAUCAGUGUUGCUUAGACACGAUCGGUAUGCCUCUGUGGCUCUCUCUCUCGUCGGUAUAAUUGUCAUUAAGAUAUACACAGAUUGAUAAAUUUCAUC